AUGGAUUUGUUGAUGAUGCUGGCGAAGGAUGUCAAAAAAUGAGCAGGAAAAGAGGAGAAUAUGCCGCUGUUAAGAUCUCAGACGAGGAAUACAAUAGGCUGGAAGCUAAACUUGAAGCUGUUAAAAAUGAGUUUAGUGCGUGCCGGCGGAAGCUGGAAAGCAAAUGUGAGGCCCUGCUGAUCCUGAGUCAGGAGCUGGAUGGAUGCCGCAGUGAGCGUGAUCAGUACAAGCUGAUGGCCGAACAGCUCAGGGAGAGAUACCAGUCUCUGAAGAAAGGCCUCACAAAACAGCCAUUACAGAGCAGUUCAGACACAGCCAUCAGCAAGUGCUACACAGACACUCAAAGCCAAAAUUUAGCACGGCUUCUGUAUGAAUCUCAGGAAAACAGGAAAUCUCUCAAGUUUGAGGUGGAUGACCUGAAACAGAAGCUCAUUGAUGCUCAGGGAGACAUCCGGUUACUGAGAGAGCAGAUAGCCCGUCAGCGUGUUGGGACCACAGAUGAAGGAAUGAACACCCGUAUAUUCCCCGCACACGAGCGUGAACAACUGGUACAGAAACUGGAGUCUUCCAAUGAAAAGUAUGUGCAGCUGGAGCGUGACCUGCAGACAGUACUGGACGAGAAGGAGGAGCUGGUGACGGCCCGGGACGUGUACAGGAACAAGUAUGAGAGACUCAACACUGAGCUCACAUAUAUCCUCAAGGGGGAUGAAAACAGGCUCCUCGACAUCGAUGCCCUUAUCAUGGAAAACAAGUACCUACAGGAGCGGCAACAUCAGAUGGAGGAUGAGAAGACCAUGGCCAUGCAGACUGUCUCCAAGUACAAGAGUCUGCUGGAGAAGAAAAAGACAAAGAGUUCCCUGAAGUUUGGCACGAGUCGGGGAGGGGGCAUGAUCAUCUCACAGAAACAGGUACAGGAAGUGCUUGAGUCACGGUCGAGUGUGGUUCCCAGUGUGAAAGCUCUCACUGACCUGCAGGCUCUUGCCGGUGCCCUGCUCGACUCUGUCAACGAUAAAAAUCUUGCUCUCUCGCACCAACGCAAAACUAACAAAAUCCUGGGAAACAGAGUGGCGGAGCUGGACAAGAAGAUAAAGACGUUGGAAUGUGCUGGACUCUGGUCAAUACCAGGAGGCAGCAUGGGGAGCCUGGAGAGACUACGGCAAGACCUGGCUGACUUCAAGACUGAGAUCAUACCACACAGUGACUCUGACUCUGACAGACUUUCCACAUCAGACAGGGACAGCGAACUGGAGACUGUUACACCCCUAGAUAGCACAUUGACAUCCCCGCUGACAAGCCCCGUGCACGCCCGCCAUAUGUCCGGGCCUCGGGAACACAGUGAUCUUGACCUCCUGCCGACCAAGGACACAUGCAAUACACUCACAAACGGCCAGGAAACUCAAUCAGGUGUAUUGAUAUCAGUGUCCGAUUGUGUGGACAUUCCCAGCCUGCCCAGACCCCCUGACAAACAGAGACCCAAGCAGUCUGUGGCUGCUGGCCUUGGAGAGAAACAUGACAUGAUUAACACCCCAUCCCACAACACCCCGUCCCAACACAUGCCACUUCAUGACAGCCUGCAUAUGGGCCAGGGUGACGGGAUGUUCAUGGAGAAUGGUGGUGAUUCAUUCUCUGCUUCAUAUUCGGAAGUACAGGUGUAUGCUGAUGACCAUAAUAUAGAAGAUAAUGCAAAUGAUCCAGAUUGUGAUGUUAAUGAUCAAAAUGGUGAUGAAGAAUUUGAUGCCAAAGAAACAUUAAGAGAGACAGAAUCAGAUAAUCUGGAGCACUUUUAUGACAAUGAUGAGGAGGAUUCAGAAACAGUUGGUCUUUUACUGGAAAAAGUGGCCAAGAAAAUGUGCAAUAUCUCCCACAAUCCAACAAACAGGGACACAAGUGUCCAACAUCUUCGCUCUCAGGGAGGCUUAGAGGAGCGACAUGAUGGCUACACGGGCAAUGUGCGGGCACGAAAUGCCAGUGGGGACUCCAUGGGUGGCAGCAUGGAAGUGGAGUGUCCAACUGGGGAUAGCGAGUCCAUGUCAAAACAGCAUGACUCUGUGGACGAAACAGGAGGAAGUCACACUUACAAUGUCCAGUGUUGAUUCAGCCACAUUAAUUGUGAUUACAUACUGUUAAAUCACUCAUUUUUGCGAUGGUCAUACUAGUCACAUACUUCGACUGAUUUGCAUGAUUGAUAAUUAUGAUUUGUCAUCAUUUUUUCCAUAAAUAUAAAAACCAUAAGAAGUACUUAUGAUGUUAGAUUUUUAAUGAAGAUAAUAUCGGGGAUCACAACAUACAGGGGUAAUCCUGAAAAUCUGAAUUUGGAGCCGUCAAUUUCAGACUAUAAUUUAUUUGUUAAGUUUGUUUUGCUGGACAUUUGCAUUUAAAACAGUAAGAAGUACCUUGAAAUGGAUACAACAGGCUUUGAAAACAAUUUCACAAGGGGUCUUCGCCUGAAUCCCUCAUUCACAAAAUCAGGAUUUUCAGUCUGUUAUCAUACGGGUAAAAGAAUCAUGGUGUGAUGGAUUGAAUUAGGAUAAAACAUAUGUAGCUACAAGCGCAGGCUGAUAGCCACACUUACCUUAUGAUGAAAACAAGGAAGUGCCACUUUCCUCCAUGGGACCUUUAUUGCCUGAAUGUCUUGCUUAUAUCCGUCAAUUUUGUGUAUAAAAGAUGGUUAUGAAAUAUCUUAUAGUUUUACCUGCCCAGUAUUAGUUUAAUUGCUAAAUGAUACAGAAAUUAUGUUCAUAACCAUAACUGGUGGUAAAGAGAAGUACAGAUAGUCAGAUAUAUGCACCAUGUUGUUGUUUUUUUGGUGGCACCCUUCUGCCCUCACAGAAUGAAUUGCUUAAAAUAAUCAAAUAUUACUUUUGUUUUGAUUAAAACUUAAAAUAUGA